UUCUUUCUUCUCUCUUCUCUUCGUCUCUUUAAUAACAUCUGUCACUUGGCUAACACAAAAACUCACAGGUGUAUUGAAGUCAUUUAUUGUUCGUAUGACUUUUUCUUUUUGUGACAGAUAGAUAUAUAUAUAUAUUUUAUAAGUGAAGAGAGGAAAAGUAGAAGGGAAGGAAAAAAAAAUUACUAAAUUUCAUGAAAAAUAUUACGGAAAAUGUUGUUGCAUUUCGUCACUGUUUGAACAUAUGUGAUUUUGGAAAACUCCUUGGAUUGUGAUAAAGGAUUUUCGAUCGAAUUGGAAAGAAACCCCCGCGCAACAACUGAAAUCGAAACAUGGGACUGCAGUAAAUUUUCUAAAAGUGCACAACGGCCCACAAGUUCCAUGAGUUGACGUGUUACAAGUGAAUUAAGUUUAGAUUGUACUUAAAACAAAAGAAAACACAACAUUAGAAAAAUAGAGUGAGCGAGCGAGAGAUAGAGAGAGUGUGAGAGCGCGCGCACAGCAACCAAGCCAUUUAUCUUCACAGAGAGAAAAUGCCUACGAUACCACCUUUAGUUUGCAAUACACCGCCACCGAUCGACGAUUUGGAGAGUGAUGAGGAUUUGAGUGCGCCAAAUGACAAUUAUGAUCUUGACGAGGAAUCACUGCCGUCAUCACCUCACUUGAAACAAACGACGACGACGGCGACGACGACGACGACAGCGACCACAACAACAAUAUUAGAUGGUGAAAAAUUUGUGGCGCCUGACACAGUGGCCGAGGCUACCGAUUCACCGUUAAGCUUAGAAUUAGACCUUGAAUCACAGCAGGUGAUUGAAGAUUUAGACAAUUUUAGUGUUGCACCCGACGAUGAGCUUCAUUUUGACGGUGAUAAAUUACGAAAUGGUAAUGAUAGUGCUAUUGGUGAUGUGUAUUCGAAUGGCAACAGUUCGACGACGAUAACAACGUCCAAAGACGCAAGCACAUCGUUGGCUGAUCUCAAGCAAGACGAUGAAGUGGAUCCGUCAUCAUUGGAAAAACCAGACACACAGACCAACCAUUCGGAUGGUGAUAAAAAUGAACUGGUCAUCGAUCAACAGGAUAAUUUAUCGAGUUCACCGUCUUGGAAUUUGGAUUCAAUUCGACAAACACCCGAACCGGAAUUCGGCUCAUUUUCAAUUGGUGAAUUAAAUCCAAACGAUGAGGCUAUCGAUGAUGCGAUUGCAAUUGAACAAGCAACGCUGGAAGAAAACUUUGUAAAAGCCCUGGAUGAAAAAUUCGAACACACAUUUCAAACCGAUCACAUAGUGGCUAAAUCGUUGAACAUCGAUGACGAAACCAAAUCAGUACCUCUUGACAGUGAUGAGCAAACGCCAUCGCAGACAGCCAAUAAUUCCAAUGACUCAGGCUUUAGAAAAGACAAUUCAUUUGAUGAUUUAAAUGACGAAUUCAGCAUAAAUGUGACCCAUUUCGAAACAAGCACCGAUUUCGGUGAAUUCAAUGCGGAUUUUGGGCAAUUUGCGGCCUUCGAUGAUGCUAAUUCAGUGCAAGAGAGUGUGGAAAUCGAUUCAUCACCGCCCGAAUGCAGCACCAAACAAUGUGAUAAAAAAGACAAUUAUACAGCGGCCGCCUUUGAUAACGAUAAUGGUGAUGAUGAUGACGACGACGAUGAUGAAUUUGGUGAAUUUAGUGACUUUCAACAAACGCCGGCUGCUGCUGUACAAACGGAAAGUGUUACACAAACGGAUGUAUCAAAAGACACAAGUGUGCUAUUAGAUAGUAAAAAUAUCAAGCUUAAUAUUAGUUCUAUACUGACUACGAUGUUUCCGGGUGAUGAAGCCGCCGCCGCCGGGGAUAAUAGUGAUGCAUCCACUGGUUACCAUCGUCAAUCACAUGGCAAUAUUUAUGCAAAUGUUCAUUUUAUCAAUGAACUCACCACACAACUAAGAAAUGUAGAAAAUUCAAAUGCUUUAGCUCAUCAAUGGGCCAAAUCAACUAGCAAAACUGUACUGGUCAAAGCCUUGGGAAUCGAUUCACGGAAUAUUCUGUAUGGAGAGAAAUGGAAUAGUUCGGCGCCAAAAUUUGCAGCCAAUUUAGGAUUGAGCCCAUUGGAACCAAUGAAAGUAACGUCAUCGAACUCACAUGACAGCGAUGUCAAAGGGUCCAAGUCAAUUCUCGAUGUGCCAGCCGCUCAAUUUGACUGGAAAGAUUCGGGUCUGAUAAAUCCAUUGGAUGCAUUACACGCACACACAUUACUAUUGGACCUAGAACAACUAGUGGUGGUGGCAAAUCUAGAUAAAAUAAAUCUUAAUUCCUCCUCCUCUGCAUGUUCCACAACGAAUUCGGCACUAAAAUUUACCGCAUCUGCAACUGCAACAACAACAAUAAAAACGACGACAACAACAACAACCACCUCUUCCAAAUCGACAUCAUCCACUGCAUACCAAAAUGUGUCUGCCAUUCCACUGAACGAUUUGAAAUUGGCCGCUACCGCCGCCGCCGUCGCUAACAAUAUCAACAACAACAUGCAUCGCUCAACAACAUAUCAACAUGAUAUCGGCUAUGCGUCUAUGGAACAUAAUCAAUUCAAUAAACAAAAAAACAAUUUCAUAAAAUCCACUAACGGACUCACACAAUUGCGAUUCGAUACUAAUCUCAAACCACUGGUGAUGGACCAUUCAAAUCAAAUGAACAAUGCAUUUGAUUUGUAUUUUAGAGCGCAAAAACCUCCACCACACGAAGAACACAUUCCGCUAGAAGCGAAAUCCCUUGAUCGAGGGAAGCAAAGUAUAUUACCACAAAGUGCUGCACUUGGAUCGGAAACCCUUAAACCAAUAACGGCACCAAUUAUCGCGCCCAUUACGGUAGCAACAACAACAGCAACAAUAGAAACGGUAAAUUCCGAAUCAAUAGCCAAGGUCGAUUUGUACACAAACGAUUUGGGCGACAUCGACUCGGAACCAUCGCAAACAUCUGACUCAUACACUGUGCCCGGCAGCAGUGGCACAAUGAAGGAAACCCACAUAUUCACACCAAUCAAACCGAAUGCGAGCAGCGAUUCAUCGUUACCAAGGCCAGCAACACCAACACCAGCAACACCAGCACCAUCAUCAUCAUCAUCAGUCUCAAAUGGCAACGCCAAAACUCAACGCAUUGACAUUCCAUCGGGCGAUAUUGAUCAGUUUCCGAGCGAUACCAUUGUUAUCAAAGAGAAUGUUGUGAAAAAGGAGUAUCGUGAUGUUGAAUAUGAACCGAACAAAUUGACGGCUGUCACUGAUGACUUUUCCGAUUUUCAAUUCGCAUCGCCAACGAUGAUUUCGAACAAUGCCAUCAUUGAGCCGAAUCCAACAACGCUGUCGACCACAAGCUUAUCCGAUUCCAUCGCAUCGUCAAACUCCAUCGGUUUAUCAACGAACUCGACAAGCGUAUCGAAUUCAAUACUGCAACCAAAUUCAAUUAGUAACUUCCUUCCUGAUUUGUCAGCGGACAAAAAUGAAUCACCGGAAACAAUGUCGAAUGAUGGAUAUACGAAUAAACUGCCAAAAUCUGCAUCCUAUUUGAAUAGCUUUGAGAGUUCCACAUUCAAUAGUUUACCAUCAAUUGAUCAAGCGGCCAAAAAAAUGCAAUCCAAUGCGAAUGCACUGAGCAAUGGCAAUCGGUCUGAUUUUGAAUUUUAUUCGUUGAACGAUAAUUUCACAUCACCGAAGAACAUUCCAGCCGAUGGCGGCAGCAGCGGCGGUAUACUUAACAAUCAUACCAAUAACUUUGGUUUUGCAACCGAUUCAAUGGAGAUAUUUUCCAUUAGUUCGAUCGAUCAAAAACAUUCCACUACAAGUGCAUCGCUACAAAAGGCGUCAAUUAGCAAUUCGUUACAUAGCACGGCAAUUUCGGCCAAUUUCCAGCCAACAAGUCACGCGAAUACUACAAUGAUGAAUUCAAUGAAUUCGAAUAAAUUUACCAGCAACUCGGGUAUUUUAACACCGCAAAAGGCGUCAGCAGCGUCAAGUGUGCAACCACAGCUGACAAUGAUGAACAAUUAUGCGUCGGCGAUUCAAUGGCCAGAGCCAGGCAUCAAUUCCGAUCAGCUAGAGCAGUUUGAAAAACGUUUCUUUUCGGCAUCACAGCCAGCCGAGCCAGCAAAAUCCAAUGACAAAAUCAAUGAACAAAUUACUGACACAAAUACCGAUGAUGAAUGGUCCGAUUUUGUAUCUGUGGUUCAACCACAAACCCCAAUCACAAAUAUUUUGAACAAAAAUCUAUUGAAGCAACAGCAACAAAGCAAUGAUGAAGACGAUUGGUCCGAGUUUGUGUCAUCAACACCGCCCAAUUUGCAACGAUUCGCAUCGAAUUCCCUGGCAUCGGAAUCGAAUUCAAACUAUGAAUCAAUGUUCAAAUCAUGGAAUACAUCAUUUCAGUCGGCCACCAGCCGAACAUCGAGUCCAGGCAAUUUUAUUGUUCAACCAAAUGCAUUGCGACAACAACAACAACAACAACAACAACAACAACAACAACACCAACAGCAGCAGCAACAGAAAAAUCAGCAACCCAUUUGUACCAUUGAAUCGAAUGCAUUUCAAACCGCACAACAACCGAUCGUACCCAGCAUUAUAUCAUUGCCCGAUUUGGGAUUUGUUGCGCCAAAAAGUCUAGUAAAUAUGCCAAAUAUAUCCAAAGCGAAAAAAUGAUUGUUAAUGAAUGAUGCGACGGCCGCUGCCGCUCUCGUCACUACUACUGCUGCUGCUGCUGAUUCUGAUGAAUACUUGACGCAUUUGAAUAUGUGAGAGCUUUAGACAGUCGCAUACGACUUGCUGUAGACUAGGACUUAUUUAUUAGCAACAAACGAGAGAAGAAAAAUCCUAAACCAAUCGCUGCUUUGCUCGAAAGCAAUAGAACUAUUUUAGGCUGCUUUAAAAUUGGCUGUACGCGCUUUUUCACUCCCUCCAUCCCGUUUGAUUAUUUUUUUUGGUGCAACAACCAAACUCGCGCUAUGACCAAAACAAACUGUUGAUAGAAUACAUGUUUUUUUUUGUUGUUGUUUGAAAUGUCACAAAGAUUUUGAAAUAGUGUGAGAAAGAGAAAGAGAGUUGAGAGCCAAUAAUGGAACGUUUCCUGUUCCGCCAAAGAUAAAUUCGGACGCAAAGAAAACACAAAUCAGUUUCUAUGUAUAUGAUGUAACGUUUAGUGAUUUAGUAAUUUUAUGGAUAAAACUGUGUUGGUUCACUCUCGCGCGCGUCCAUUCGCUUAUUAGCUAAGUAUUUUCGAUGCUACUACUGCUGCUGGCACCACAAUUCAUCGUUUUUUUUUCUUUGAAUCAUUGAUCAGCCGUGUAUCACAAUUAGUUUUGAACGAAACCGAUCCAUCCUUGUUAUGUUGUGUAUUUUAUUUUGAUAUAGACAUUUUUUUAGAUUUUUUUUUCUGUUUAUGUUAUAACACGUAAUUCUUUCUAGUUUUUAUUUCCUGUAUGGAUGAUGUAUGUGAAAACAUCCAGCCAUUAUUUAAAAAAAAAACUACGUUAAACGGAACGGCUAACUUGAAUUUUUUGAAUUUUUCAGAUUUCUCUUCGAUUUUGUCUAUUAUGUAAUGUAUUUUUAUCCUCUUAAUUGAAGAGAUAGAAAACAUUAAAGAGAAGGCGUUAGAAAAAGAAAAAAAAAUACGUUGUGCUGAAAUUGUAUAGUUAUAAAAAAAAAUUAUCUGUUCAGUAAGUUAGACAAACACACGAACAGAAGAAUUGAGAAAAGAGCUAACGUUUAGUAUAUUUAUUCAAUUGUCUUAUUGAGGCUGAAUUGCGCCCAAUAGUCUGAAUUCUAUGGAAUAAAUGAAAUAACUAUGAAUUGA